AUGGCCCCUGUCCUUUGCGCCAAGUGCAAGACGGAGCGCGCUCUCGUCAAACGACCAAAGAACCAUCAGAAGCUCUGCAAGGCCUGUUUCAUAUCAGUGUUCGAGGAGGAGGUUCACCAUACCAUUAUUUCCUCUGGGCUAUUCACUCGCGGCGAGAAGGUCGCCAUCGGCGCAUCAGGUGGCAAAGAUUCAACUGUGCUGGCCAGCGUGCUCAAGGUCUUGAACGAGCGCUAUGACUACGGUUUGGACCUUGUGCUACUCAGUAUUGAUGAAGGAAUCAAGGGCUACAGAGACGAUUCGUUGGAGACUGUCAAGAGGAAUGCGGUUCAGUACGACAUGCCCCUCACAGUCGUGGGCUACGACGAGUUGUACGGCUGGACCAUGGACCAGGUUGUUGAGACCAUCGGCAAGAAAGGAAACUGCACUUACUGCGGCGUCUUCCGCCGUCAAGCAUUGGAUCGUGGUGCCAAGAUGUUGCGCAUUCAGCACCUGGUCACUGGCCACAACGCCGAUGAUGUUGCCGAAACCAUCCUGAUGAACCUCCUGAGAGGCGAUCUGCCCCGCCUCAGCAGGAGCACAAGCAUCGUCACCGGCGACAAUACCAGCGAUGUCAAGCGCAGCAAGCCGCUCAAGUACUCUUACGAAAAGGAGAUUGUCUUAUACGCCCAUCACAAGAAACUUGACUACUUCAGCACCGAAUGCAUUUACAGCCCCGAGGCUUUUCGAGGAACCGCACGCACCCUCAUCAAAAACCUUGAGCGCGUGCGCCCAAGUGCCAUCCUCGACAUCGUCCGGAGUGGCGAGGAUAUGGCUCGGCUUGUUGUAGGAGGUCCCAGCAGUUCCUGCGCGUGCAAGGGGUCCUCUGCCCCUGUUGCUGAGGACGACUAUGCUGGCGGCUGCGGUUCUCAGAAUGGCAAGGGCUCAAAGGGAGAGAUUGCUCAGUUGGACGCACAGUUAAGCCAGACAACACUCGAUGCAGACCUAGAGACGGACUACACAAGCUCAUCGACCGCCAAAACCGCGCCUAAGACGAAGAACGGAGCUGGGAAGGGGGAUACUUCGUCACACACAAUAUCUCCUCUACAGAAGCUGGGCAAAUGCGAGAGAUGUGGGUACAUGUCAAGUCAGGCUAUUUGCCAGGCCUGUUUGCUGGUAGACGGGCUUAAUAAGAACAAGCCAGAGAUUCGGAUAUAG